AUGGCCCACUGCAGGAAAACUUUGCGCUGUGUGUGCGUGUCCUGGAGGAAAGGCAUGAGAGCAUAUACUCCCAAGGAACCUAAAGUUUUGGAAGUAACCCAACCUGUAAGCUCGGUUAAACUGACAUUCUGGAUGGCUCCAAUCGAGGGCCUCAUGCCGAAGCUAGACCCGGAGGAGAUGAAAUGGAAGAUGUGUGAGGAUAUGAUCUCCAUACGGAACUUUCUCAUCUACGUGGCCCUGCUGCGAGUCACUCCAUUUAUCUUAAAGAAAUUGGACAGCAUGUAA